CGGGCGUCAGGGCGCGUAGGGUGUUGUGGGUGAACAAAACUUCAUCAAGAGGAAGCGCUAUCAGCGCCACAACAUAGCAACAGCAGCUGUCUAUUUCUGUAUGGAGAAACAGAUUAUUUAACUCUGGUCUGUGAUGUCUACGUCGGUGUUCUUCCCGACCACAUCCAAAAGCUUAACAUCAACUCCUCUGAAAGUUAUAGACCGACGUGUCUACCGGAGCAAAAGCUUGGAGUAUGACUCUGACACUGAGGAGUCGACCUACUCCUUGUUGUCACCGAUUUACCAUGAUAGCUUUGAGCAUGAGGGGUCAGAUGAUGAGCUAGAGGUGGGACAUCUGAAUAAGGGGCUGGGCGACGUGAAGGUUUCUGGAGACUGUGUUGGGCACGGUAUCCUGAAGAGGGAAGGGAAUCACAGGAAGGUUGCAGAAGUAAAGUUUGACAAAACUUCACUGCGAAACCUGGGUGCAUGGGAACAGUGGCUGGUCAUCAAAGCCAAAGAAGAUCGUCUCAAAUCAGAACAGAAAGCUCUUGAGGAGCGCACUCUUCUGGAGAAGAAGGAGCAGGAGGAGAGGGAGAAACUGCAGAAGAAGCUCGAGGCAGAAGGGAAGAUCCAGGAGUGGCUGAAAACCAAGAAACAACUGGAUAAAGAGGAAAAGGGCCGCAAGGAACGUGAGAAGCAAGAGGAGGAGGAGCGAGAACGGCAAAAAGCGAAGGAGCUGGAACGGAGGGCUGAGGAGCGGUUUAAACAAUGGCUGCUGAAGAAGAAACAGGAGGAACACGAGAGGAAAGAGCGCGAGAAGGAGGAGGCGGCCUUGAAGCAGGCGGAGCUGCGGGAGCGUGCGAGGAAGGCGGAGGAGACGUUCCAGCAGUGGCUUAAAGAGCAGAACAAGAACCGGCCCAAGAGGAACGCCAGCCCAGGUGAGCGGCACGCCAGCCCAGGCUAUGACAAUCUCAACUACCCGUCUCCAAGCUUCUGCAACCCUAUUCCAUGGAAGCCCAUCCACAACCCCCCUCCAGAAAGACCUCGACGGGCCAGGCGGACCCCGGGCCGUAAACAGCAGCCAGGGGGCCCCCCCAGACUGCACUCCACACCCAGCCUCACCUUCAGAUCCAGGGACACACUGAGCUUUGCCUCCAAAAGGCGAUGAUGACGAUGCCCCCACAGGGGAGUUUCCUCCUCCGCGAUGCUGCCCUCUGGUGGCGAAGGACAGAAUGUGGAAUUGAAUAAAGGGAUCUUUCAGCUCGA